GUAAUCUGUAAGAAAUAACUAAAAUUGCUAUUCUUUCUUUCUGGUGAAAAUAUAUAUAUCGUGAAACGUGAGUUUGCACUAUUUUGAUCCACAAGGGAAAAACAAACUUUGCGGGUGAAAAGUGGUAAAGGCAACACUGCCAUUCGCUUAUCUGCUGCAACUUCACCUGCUUUUAUUCGCUUGCAACGAAAUGAUAAUGCAGAUAAACUAUUCUGGUGAUAUUUUUUCUUGAAUGUACAAGUACAUUAAUGCUUUAUGUUAACAUUUUGACGUUUGGUUUCAAAGUAUGUUCUGUCACAAGUUAAAUGCCGAAUGAUAACUCGCAGUGUUGCCGCAACUUAAGGGGAAAGUAGAGAGUUGGAAAUUAGCAAUGCUUAAAAAACGAGUUUGAUUUAACUUUACCAACAAAUCCUGAAAAAUAAUUUUUAUUAUGCAAUCUAAUAGAAGCCAAAAUUCCGAGCAAACAUAACAGCGGGGAUGUAGCUUGGGAACUUCGUCUUGUUGCAUCUAGCUUGUCGUGUUGCGCACGCGAAGAACACGCACGUCGCAUAUUCGAAAAUUUCUGCAGAAAUAAUGUCCAUGCCAGAUAAAUAACAUAUGUUUUGUCACAAAACGGUAAUAUAUAUUCACUCUUCGCUUGUUUGUAAUUGCAAAAUGAAACACAAUGUAUGUCUAUUGUAUUUUCGUGGUUGCCAUUAAACGAAAUUUUGUAACUGUUACUGUGUUACAAGCUGUAAAGCAAGGAAAAUUACAAUGGCAAAGCCACUCAAACCAGAAACCGUGCUCAAGAAGCUAAAAAGUGUGUCCAACACUCAAGAUAGCAUUCCAAUGUUAUCACUUUGGAUUAUUCACCAUAAAGCACAUCACAAACUGAUUGUUGAUCAUUGGCUUAAGGUUCUGAAGAACUCCAAAGCAUCUCACAGACUGACUUUAUUAUAUCUUUGCAAUGAUGUCAUACAAAACUGCCGAAGAAAAAAUGCAGCAAUUUAUAAAGAAACUUUUACGGAUACUUUACCUGAAGCGGUGGCACAUUUAAGAGACCAAUCCAUAAGAUCAAAUGUACAGAGAGUUAUGAAAAUUUGGUCAAAACGGGGAGUAUUUGACAGCGAAUAUACUGAUCAACUUUUGGCUGCCUUGCUUGCGAACAGGGCUCCUGAAAAAUUAAGAAAUAAACUGCUUGUUGAAUAUAAGACUUCUGACCUGAUAUCCGAGAUCACUCAGUUUAAAGAGUUAGAAGAUAAAAUUGAAGUUGAUGAGAAAAGAUUGAGAGCCAUUAGGGUUGAUGUAUCAAGUACUGAAGCAAUCAAAAAGUUAAAAGAUAAGGUUGGUGGGGAAAAAUUUUCUCGCGAGUUUGAAGAAUCUGCUGUUCAACUAGAGGAGUUUCUGGGGCAGUUUGAGAAAUACGUGGAACAGAGGAAACAGUUACUGGAGGUUUUGGAAAAAGGGACUGUGUAUUACCAUGCUCAGUAUCAUGAAGCUAAAAUAGUUGUCAAUGCAUACAAAAAUUUUGAGGGUCGAGUUAAUAAAAUGAAGAGGGGUUUGGAUAAACUGAAGAGCAAAUUUCCAUCUCCUGUUCACUCCCCAUCUGUGGAUGCUCCAUCUCCCGUAAAUACUCCUUUGGAUGUGGAUGACAAUCAGGAGGACAUGGAGAUGUCAGAUGAAGACAAGGAGCUUGGAAAUAAACCAUCAAAGAUAGUAGCAUCUGGGAAAUCUUUUCGAAGCAAAACAGUCGCAGAGAAGAAACCAGAUGAAGAGAAUGUGUUGAAGCUGAUUACAAGCAAUAUCAACGUGUUAAAGAACCAAAAUGAAAGUGCAGCUGAAUCUUUAAAACGUGUGGUAUCUGGGUUGGUGAAUCGACCCGGCAUGAGAGGACUUGCUAACAGCAUGGGGGAAAAAGACACUUCUCGUUCUCUGACAAUCACAAGGUCUAAUGAUCUUCAAUCUGGCAGCCUUGAUGACUCUAUGAAGAUUUCGACUCCCGGGAGCGCCUCUCCCCCGUCUCCAACUGGAUCCCCGGAUCUCAACAUCUCUUCUCCUCCUCGUCACCAGAGCCUCGACUCCCGCCUCGCCGAUCUUUUUAGCUCCGGAGCAGCAGGAGCAGUGAUGAAGGACAGUGCUGAGAGUGACACCGAAUCGGAUGUUGUGGGUCCUCCAGAGUCUUUAGAAACAAAGUUAAAGAGCUUGGCUGCUGGACUUCCAGGCCUUGGAGGUUUAAAUGAGAUCAAAGUUACAAAUUCUGAUGAUCUUCCUGCUCCACCGAUGAAUUUCUACUCCUCCAACCAAGUGUCAUCUGCAGACACAAUCACAACAUCAGUAAAGAGCACCGAAAAUUCUGUGAAACCAACAUCCAGUGUUUCAAUCAAUCAAAGCAUCCCUGUUAUCCGCUCCUUCUCUCGGAUCGAUACGGAAGGAGGUUCCUCCACUCCUACAAUGGAUGAGAAUCCCCCCUUCAUCCACUCCUCUUCUAUUGAUAACAAAUUGAAAAACUCCCAAAGCUUUCUCUCCCCACCUGGAUUUCUAUCCGCACCAAACAAUCCAUUCAAUUUCCUCUCCAAUGUGUUGGGUUCAUCCACAAAGCAAGAAGCAACCCCAGAAGCUCCACCUGCCGACCAAAAAGACCCCAACGACCGAAAUCUAGACAAACAACCAUAUGAGCAUACGAGUACUUCAAAUAUUCCUAGUUUCACAACAGAGUGGGAUAAAAGACAAGCUGCUCGUGGCUCUUCCUCACAAGGCUCCUCAUCAACAUCAAAAUGGGAGAACUUUACGGUCAGCGUGAGCACAUCAAGCUCCACUUCCCCAAUCCCCCCUCCACCAGCUCCUUGGGACUUUCCUCUCCUCUCUAGUGUGAUGAGGAACGAGGAGCCUCAGAUGAAGAAGACAAAAUGGGAUGAUGCAGGCAACUACAGGGAUGACCCGAGUGAGUCGGCAAACAUGGAAGCAGCAUUCACUGCUACAGCAUCUGCAACUUCAAAUCGCCGUAACAGUAAUCUUAUAACUUUGUCCACCCAAGACAGCGAACCGAUACCCACGACUGCUUCUGCUCCGUCUGCAACUGAAACUCCUUCCAAAAAUCGAUUUAAUCCUAUUUCGCAUAAGGACUCUGAUGAUAAAAACAGCUGGCAUUCGGAAACAUUAAAGAGAAAACCACAAUCGAGCUACAAUGAAUAUUCGGAUUCAAAUCCCACACACCAGUUCCAGAAUUUUGCCCCUACGCCAGAAUUGCCCAAACACCAGUCCCAGAAUGGAAGUCAGUACAAAAACCAACAAGAGUCAUAUCAUGAACAUCAUGAGCCAGCAGAAGAGUACAGACCUUCAAGCUCUUCUCACCAUUAUGGUAAAGAGCAGGAACGGUCAUUUUCGCACAGCCAUGACAGAAUCCACAGAGAAAAAGAUCGUCCAACUUCAGGACCCAGAUUUUUAUCUCGAGGUCAUGGCACUUCACAAAUCCAACGCGGUCCAAGACCAAGUUUCCAAUCAGCACGACCACGUGCUCCGGUACCAUUAUACGAUGAUCAUUAUGAAGAACAACUGUUGCAGCUUGAGCUUGAGAUGCUGGAGGAAGACCAACGUAUCGACGCAGCAGUGCAACGCGAAUUGAGCAUGAGGGGCCCAAGUUAUGGCAGCAGGCAACCAAGACCAUGGCAGCGGGCUCCAGUACCGCAGAGGGAGCACCAACAACGUCCACGUAUGAUUCGUGGUGGAAUGCCUCCAAGACCACUGCGUGGAAUGGCCAGGCCAAGAAUGUGGUAUUGAUUGGUGAUCAUGGUAAGAACCCUAGAGCAAGAGAAUGGGUGUAGUCUUCAGUUUGGUCUACGAAUUUUUUUAUGUGGUAUAUAUGUCCGCUGCUAUGGUGUGAGUUUUAAACACCAGUUAUUUUAGAUUAACCAAAAUGCUUGUGUUUUGAACAUUUUUAAGUAGAUUUUGUCAAGAAUUCUCAGUAGAAGUACGUCAAGAGUCGAUUGACAGAAAGUUGCAAGAGACCCCUUUUCAAAAUUAGUGGAUAAAAAUGCCUGCUGCUACUAUUAUCUAUUGUAAAUACUAAUUCUGUUCGUUACGUGUUCUUAGCGUUCUUUUUCAUUCGCGCAAAGGUUUUGUACAUAACCAAAAAAUAUCUGGAACAGAAUGUCUGUUAAAACUGAUCAGAUUUUAAAGCUA